AUGACAAAUACCAAUCUCACCAUCGCCGCCGUUUUUGCCAGUCUAUUUGGCUUGGCUCUCAUAUUCAUCGCUUUAUGGUGUCUCAGUCAUUAUAUUCAUCGCUGUUGUCUCGAUAUUGGGCAAUGGCUCCACGCCUUGUCGCCUCACUCGGAUAAGGACCCACCAGUUGUGUAUGUGGAGAAACGUCGAUCUAGAUCUAGGAAAAGCGAGCGGGGAAGAAGACUCGAUCCCCUGCGAGCAAAAAGGGACCACGAAAGCGGAAAUUUUGAAUACGAACGAACAGGGGAUAGGGGUAUAGAGAUGAGGCCAACGGUCCAGCUCUGCGCUCCUGUGCAAGCUCAGCAACAACCAUAUAACCCAACAUAUUGCCCUUCUCUGGGAUGGCAAGACCAAACUCAAAAUAUGCAGUCGGUGAUGCAGCACCGAACACCAAUGUAUUGGCAGGCACAGGGUGUUCCUCGAGUACCAAUCUACGUAAUGCAAACAGCAAUACCUCAGCAGUCCAAUCGACAGACGGCAAUGGAGAUAUCGGAACCUUUGCAGGGUCCGCCUCGGCAGCAGCCCCACAUGUUGUCCCAACCGGAAAAAUGUCUUUCGGCGAAAUCUAGGUCGCCGGAGAAGUAUGCGCGCAAGCCAAGGAAGGUUGAUUACAUUCACAUCUGUGAUGAGUAUCCGCCUUUUGUGCUAGAAGCACUCAACAAGGCAGCUCUAUCAUCAUCGUCAUCAUCUACCUCGAGCGAUGGGUCUGAAACGACGCAAGAGGUACCGCGGACUACUAUACCAUGCGCUCCGCCUGCUUGCAUCAAAACCAAACAAUACCCAGAUAUAGUAGCACGCGGAAGGGAUACCCCAAGGACGUACCCACGACAGUGUGUGGGCAGAAAUGGGCGAGGAAAUGGGCCGGAUAGCCAAGUCAGGAGACUCCCGAGCGUGCCAGGAGUGUGGAUAGCCCAGAGGACGAGCCGGGCGGUCGGCAUGGUUGGUGUACAUGGCCGAGGAGAAGGGGACGAGAAACGGGCAAAGGAGAGCAAAAGAAAAGCGAACAAGGACACGGACGAGGAACAGGAAAUGAAACAGGCUGUGGAAGGCUUUUUGGCUUCUGGACUUUGCAACCGGAGGACGAGGUGUCCGAACAGGAACCAGGACAGGGCCGUUUGUUCGAUGGACUAG